AUGCCAUUGAUUUCGAAUGAAACUCUUAGCAAUUGUCUGCUUUUAUUUAUCGGAGUUUAUACUUUCUGUGUUUGCAUCCUCGUCUAUAUACUAAUUCGAUUGUUGAAAUAUUAUCUCAAACAAAAACGAUUCAGCAGCGAGAUCAUCGAUUCAUCCGCAGUAACGACCGGCAUCUUACUAAAAAUUCACGAACAAGGUGUAGCACUUGUAAAAAGCGAAUUCGGUAUCUUUGAACCAAUGAUUAUUCAAACGCAAAAUUUACCACCGACUUAUACAGAGAACUGGUAUAAUCAACAACCACCACCAGAAUAUACUGAACAAGUCUAG